UUUGCUGUUAUCAGUCAACUUUUGUUUUCUGUUGUGCUAAGUCUCUCCUUGAUGUGAGAAAGAUGACUAACUUCUCUUUGAUUAAUUGUUGCUGGUGACAAAACUAGAGACUGCGAAAACUGUUACAACACUGGAACUCUUUGAUUGCUUCUGUUUUGAGGGUGCUCUUAUGUACGUACUUUAGUCUAAUUUUGGUGGAGGGCAACUACUGAUUUUCUUUCAGGGAAGAUAAGUAAAUAGCAGGAGUGCUACUCAUCUCUUAAAGCAGUUUGCUUCCACACGUCUUCCUUUGAAAAGGUUGUAUUGACUUAAACAGCACCAAAGACUCUGAGCAUCAGUCAGUCAAUCCUUGGUCAUAUCCUUGAGGAGAAAGAUUAAAGCAGAUCCUGAAAUUCCAAAUCUAUAAGACCAAGUGAAGCUAACCGUUCUCCCAGAUCUUUUAUGCUGGCUAUCAGUGAAUUCUUCCUCCACCUGGUGGCAGUUGAAGCCAUACCUGGGAUCUCGCUGAAAGCUCUCAUCCCUUUUGGAACCACUCUGCAAAGAGCAAGUUCUUUGAUGUGAAAAAGUCAAGGCUGCUGUGACCUUGCUUGUUCAUAUUCCCUUGUUCAUAUUCCCUGGAUAGCAGAGACACUUAAAUGAUGCCUUGUGUGAAGACAGACACAGUUAUUUUUUUCUUCAAGAGCGUGACGCAGCAAAACCUAUCACCAAUGAAGUAAGAAGACAGGCGACACUUGAUAAACACUCAGAUCUCUGAAGAGCCCCAUUAUAUUCUCUAACGUAGUAGCCAUUGUUCUGGAUGUGGUAGACCAGUAAGUCAACAGCUGUGAAAUUUGGGGAAAAUGGCCUGUGAGUUUAAUCUAAACUUCCUUAAGGAAUUGGAGCGAGAGGCUGUUCUGGAAGUCCUGUACCGUGACCAGAUGGUGAGAAAAACAGAGGAAGAAAGAGUAAGGAAACUGAAAAUGCAGCUGCACCAGCUUCGAUGGAAAGGGGCAAGAAACGUAAGCCAGGAAUACCGAGAGAGGUCUUGUGCUCGCUGCCAGAAAUCCCUUGGAUUGCUGCUGAACAGAGGUGCGGUGUGCAAUGGGUGCAGUCAUCGAGUGUGCUCUGAGUGCCGCGUCUGCCUGAAUCCCUCCCUUUGGAAAUGCACCGUUUGUUAUGCUCAUGGAGAUGUGAAAGUAAAGGCUGGUGAAUGGUUCUUUGAGGAACGAGCAAAGAAAUAUCCAGAUGAAGGCAGGCAUGAAACAGCUGGUGCAAAGCUCUUGAAAUCUUAUCAGAAACUGAGUAAAAUUUCUGUUGUACCUCCAACUCCACCUCCUUACACUGAAUCCACAGCAGGAAGUAAUGCUAAGGAACUUGGACAGUCUAAAAGUUUUAAUAAAUCUGUGGAAAACUUGUUUUUGUCUCUCACAACACACAUAAAGAAGAUCUCCAAGUCCCAGAAUGAUAUGGCUGACAGAAGUCUGCUAACGACAGAUUAUGGACAUAACGUGGAAAGAAGGAAGCAGAGGAGGAGCCAGUCUGACACUGCCAUCAACAUUACAAGCAGGAAGAAAAGUACACCCAGUCUUCAAGAUCUCUUCUAUGGGGCUCAAAAUGAUAAUGAAAUUCUUACCAAAAGGAAUUGCAAGCAAGAGGACGACAUAACAACCAGUCCCACAAGUGAUGCUGUUUUCUGUGAUGGUAGGAGACAUGGGAGUUUGUAUAGUCUUAACAGCACUUGCACUGAAUCCGGCAACUUUGGCAAAGCGAACGUCACAGGAGAAAUAGAGUUUGCCAUAAGAUACAUCUUCAAGGCUUGCAUCUUAGAAAUUUGCAUCAGAGGAUGCAAGAAUCUGGCUUAUGGAGAGGAGAGAAAGAAAAAAUGUAACCCGUAUGUCAAGGUUUAUUUACUUCCUGAUAAAUCUUCUCGGAGUAAGCGGAAGACAGCUGUCAAAAAGAACACAGUGGAUCCAGAAUUUGAUGAGACCUUGAAGUACAAGAUCGAGCGCUCCCAGCUGGGAAGCCGGCAGCUUCAGAUCUCUGUGUGGCAUGCAGGAGCACUCAAGUACAGGGUGUUUUUGGGAGAAGUGGUGAUUCCGUUGGCAGCGUGGAGUUUUGAAGACAGCUCAAUGGGGUCAUUCAACUGGUACCAGCUCCAGUCCAAGCAUGAAAAGCCUGAAGAUAAUCUUAUUCAAUACAGUGGAGAACUCCUGGUGUCUGCAAGAUUGUCGGUACCAGCCCAGUAUAAAAAUUUCCAGUUUGGAAGGUGGAUGAUGGAAGGAAAAAAAGACCAAGAAUUUUCCAACUGCCAGCUUCAGGUUAUGAUAUUUGGGGCCAGGAACUUGCCUGUGCUGAGAUCUGCUGGAACGCUGAACUCGUUCGUUAAAGGCUGUCUUCUCCUUUCAGACCAAGCAGAGUUAAAGCAAAAGUCACCUGUGGUGAAGAAAGAAGACUGUCCUCAGUGGAAACACUUGUUUGUCUUUGAUGUUACCCCAGCUCAGCUACAGCAGUCAUGUCUACACUUGACUGUCUGGGACCAGUCAACUUUUGGCUCACGUGAUCAGUUCCUAGGGGGAGUCAAGCUGGGUGCAAAGCAAUUGCUUGGUUUUGCAGACCCCAUUUCUCCGUCAGUGCUUCAAUGGGAAGAAGUGUUGCGCAGGCCAAACACGUGGAUGGACUUUACACUGAUACUGCAUUCAAAUAUGGAAAACUUUAAAUCAUGAAGAUAAUGGCCUGCCUUCCCUUCUCAGUGGGUGAUAUUCAGGGUUGGAGUGGUGCAUAUACAUUCUAAGCAUGGUGAAAGGGUACACAACAGUACCUACUUCUGUGUUGGGGGAAUUGAGUUGUAAGUUUGAACGGUUGUGAUACUGAAGGUUUUAUUUCUCAAAAAUCUAAA